UUGUGAAAGGACCCCUUAAACGGCGGUACGUCGUCGGCUUCCUUGCGUCGAAAGACUAUCAAAUUGAUGCAAUUGUAUCUAUCCGAAAUCAUAAUCAUCUUGUUUAGCACACUGACUGAGCUGGGACAAGUGGACAGGCUUGUGGGGAAACCACAGUGAGACACAGCCAUGUUUCUUUACAACAUCACGCUACAGCGUGCCACUGGCAUCACACAUGCCAUCCAUGGAAACUUCUCGGGAACCAAGAUGCAGGAGAUUGUUGUCUCCAGAGGAAAGAUCAUAGAGUUGCUGCGACCAGACGCAAACACGGGAAAGGUCCACACACUACUCACCAUGGAAGUGUUUGGGAUUGUGCGUUCACUAAUGGCCUUCCGACUCACAGGAGGAACCAAAGAUUACAUUGUUGUCGGGAGUGACAGUGGUCGUAUAGUCAUCUUGGAAUAUCAUCCGUCUAAAAACAUGUUUGAGAAAAUUCACCAGGAGACAUUUGGCAAGAGUGGUUGUCGCCGAAUUGUCCCAGGACAGUUUUUGGCAGUGGACCCCAAAGGCAGAGCCGUCAUGAUAGGGGCAAUAGAGAAACAGAAGUUGGUUUAUAUUCUCAAUAGAGAUGCAGCUGCACGGCUGACCAUCUCUUCCCCACUGGAGGCCCACAAAGCCAACACGCUGGUCUACCAUGUAGUGGGUGUGGACGUGGGCUUUGAGAAUCCCAUGUUUGCUUGUCUUGAAAUGGACUAUGAGGAAGCUGACAAUGACCCUACUGGAGAAGCUGCAGCAAACACGCAACAGACACUCACUUUCUAUGAGCUGGACCUUGGCUUGAACCACGUGGUCCGCAAGUACAGCGAGGCUUUAGAAGAACAUGGAAACUUUCUCAUCACUGUUCCCGGUGGUUCCGAUGGGCCAAGCGGAGUUCUGAUCUGCUCUGAAAACUACAUCACGUAUAAGAAUUUUGGAGACCAGCCUGACAUUCGCUGUCCUAUCCCACGUCGAAGGAAUGACCUGGACGACCCAGAGCGUGGAAUGAUAUUUGUUUGUUCAGCAACCCACAAGACCAAGUCCAUGUUCUUCUUCUUAGCCCAGACCGAACAAGGCGAUAUCUUUAAGGUUACCUUGGAAACUGAUGAAGAAAUGGUCACAGAAAUCAGGCUGAAGUACUUCGACACAAUUCCUGUGGCAACAGCCAUGUGUGUCUUGAAGACUGGCUUCCUUUUCGUGGCCUCCGAAUUUGGAAAUCAUUACCUUUACCAGAUUGCCCACUUGGGCGAUGAUGAUGAGGAGCCAGAGUUCUCUUCUGCCAUGCCUCUAGAAGAAGGGGACACCUUCUUCUUUCAGCCCCGCCCCCUCAAGAAUCUGGUGUUGGUUGAUGAGCAGGAGAACUUGUCCCCAAUCAUGUCCUGUCAGAUUGCUGAUUUGGCCAAUGAAGACACACCACAGCUUUAUGUCGCCUGUGGACGAGGACCCAAAUCUACUCUAAGAGUUCUUAGGCAUGGAUUGGAGGUUUCCGAGAUGGCCGUGUCCGAGCUACCCGGUAACCCCAAUGCUGUGUGGACAGUACGCAGACAUAUCGAAGAUGAAUUUGAUGCCUAUAUCAUCGUGUCUUUCGUCAACGCUACGCUCGUUCUGUCCAUUGGCGAGACUGUGGAGGAGGUGACAGAUUCGGGAUUCUUAGGAACAACUCCCACCCUCUCCUGCUCGUUGCUAGGGGACGAUGCCCUCGUUCAGGUAUACCCAGAUGGGAUCCGCCAUAUCAGAGCAGACAAGCGUGUGAAUGAGUGGAAGACUCCUGGUAAAAAGACCAUUGUCCGCUGUGCUGUGAACCAGCGGCAAGUGGUUAUCGCACUCACCGGUGGUGAGCUGGUUUACUUUGAGAUGGACCCGUCAGGCCAGCUAAAUGAGUAUACUGAGCGCAAGGAGAUGUCUGCAGAUGUGGUCUGCAUGAGUUUGGCCAAUGUCCCCCCUGGUGAACAGCGUUCUCGGUUCCUGGCUGUGGGACUGGUCGACAACACCGUUCGAAUCAUAUCACUGGAUCCUUCGGAUUGUUUGCAGCCUUUGAGUAUGCAGGCUCUUCCAGCCCAGCCAGAGAGUCUUUGUAUUGUUGAAAUGGGAGGGGUUGAGAAACAGGAUGAACUUGGAGAGAAAGGAACCAUCGGCUUCCUCUACCUCAACAUAGGGCUUCAGAACGGUGUACUGCUGAGGACUGUCCUGGAUCCAGUCACCGGGGAUCUGUCCGAUACCAGGACCCGCUACCUGGGCUCACGACCUGUCAAGCUUUUCAGAGUCAAGAUGCAGGGACAGGACGCUGUCCUUGCCAUGUCCAGCCGCUCCUGGCUCAGCUACUGUUAUCAGUCCCGUUUCCAUUUGACGCCUCUGUCAUAUGAGACCCUGGAGUAUGCCUCAGGCUUUGCUUCCGAGCAAUGCCCGGAAGGAAUAGUGGCCAUCUCCACCAACACGCUUAGAAUCUUGGCAUUGGAGAAACUGGGAGCUGUCUUCAACCAGGUGGCUUUUCCCCUGCAGUACACUCCCAGGAAAUUUGUGAUACACCCAGAGACCAACAACCUCAUUUUGAUUGAGACUGACCAUAAUGCCUACACCGAGGCGACUAAAGCUCAAAGGAAACAACAGAUGGCUGAGGAAAUGGUGGAGGCCGCAGGUGAGGAUGAACGAGAACUGGCUGCUGAGAUGGCAGCCGCCUUCCUCAAUGAGAAUCUCCCAGAAGCCAUUUUUGGUUCGCCAAAAGCUGGCGCUAGGCAGUGGGCCUCGCUGGUGCGGCUGGUCAACCCAAUUCAGGGUGCAACAUUAGACCAAGUUCAGUUAGAGCAGAAUGAAGCUGCGUUCAGUGUUGCCGUGUGUCGUUUCCACAAUGCAGGGGAUGACUGGUAUGUCCUGGUGGGAGUGGCCAGAGACAUGGUCCUCAACCCUAGAUCAGUUGCGGGUGGCUUCAUCUACACUUACCGCCUCACCGGUGGUGGGGAAAAGCUCGAGUUUGUGCACAAGACUCCAGUGGAGGAUGUGCCGUUGGCUAUUGCGCCAUUCCAGGGUCGGGCCUUAGUGGGAGUUGGGAAACUCCUGAGAAUUUAUGACAUGGGCAAAAAGAAAUUGCUACGCAAGUGUGAGAACAAGCAUGUUCCCAAUCUGGUCACGGGCAUCCACACCAUUGGCCAGCGUGUGGUGGUCUCUGACGUACAGGAGAGUCUCUUCUGGGUCCGCUACAGGCGUAACGAGAACCAGCUCAUCAUCUUCGCCGACGAUACGUGUCCCCGCUGGGUGACGACGGCAUGUCUGCUUGACUACGACACCAUGGCAUCCGCUGACAAGUUUGGGAACAUUACCAUUGUGCGUCUUCCUCCCAACACCAGCGAUGAUGUGGACGAGGAUCCAACGGGCAACAAAGCCUUAUGGGACAGAGGGCUUCUCAAUGGAGCAUCUCAGAAGGCUGACGUGAUCGUCAACUACCACGUAGGGGAGACCAUCUUAACCCUACAGAAAACCACGCUGAUCCCAGGUGGGUCAGAGUCACUGGUCUACACCACCCUGUCUGGAGGCAUUGGAAUUUUGGUCCCCUUUACGUCACAUGAGGACCAUGAUUUCUUCCAGCAUUUAGAGAUGCACAUGCGCUCUGAGUUCCCGCCACUGUGCGGAAGGGACCAUCUCAGCUUUAGGUCCUACUACUUCCCUGUCAAGAAUGUGAUUGACGGAGACCUGUGCGAGCAGUUCAACAGCAUGGAGCCUCACAAGCAGAAAAGUGUGGCAGAGGAACUAGACAGGACACCACCCGAGGUCUCCAAGAAACUGGAAGACAUCCGCACACGUUAUGCAUUCUAAUUGCUGACGUCAAGCUUCAUCACAGGGGCUCAAACUUCAUAAAAAUGCAUAAUUGAUUUCACACAAAUUGACGAAGACUCAACUCCAAGAAUAAAAAAAAAAAAAAAAGCCCUUUCACUUAAAGUAUCUAACAGCUUUUUACUCUGACAGUGGUUGGUUUGUCACCCUUACCACAAUGUGGAGCCACAGUCAGCAGACCAAUUGCUUAAUUGACUGACAUGACUGAUGUCCAAACGUACAGUAGUCACACAGCGUUGCUGAAUAAAGAAAGGUGCUUUCCCUUACGUUGGCAGCACACAUCAUUGCCCCGUUCUGAAGAAAAGUGGAGCUCUUCUCUCAUGUACAUAUUUUGGUUUUUAAUGUGACCUAAAAAUGGCAGGAUUAGUAAGAAGGUGGUAUUGGUAUUUUGUUUUAAUGUUUUGGUUUGAUACAAGGCCAAGGGGGGAAAAACAUUUUGUCUCCUGUCUGCGGUGGGUGAUGUUUUGCCAUCAUGGGCAUUAAAUGUCUGAGAAAAUAGGUGGGCGGAUGAGCGCACGAAGCGGAGUGUUGUCCUGGUUAGGCCUGCAAAUUCCCCCACCUUGACCACAAAGGCUUCGAGCAAGUUGUUAAAAAGUAACAGCCAUUUGUGGGCUACACAGCGACAGUUUGUAUUGUAAAUAAAGUUGUUUUUUUCUACUUGA